GCUCAGUUGUAUAACAGGGCUAGCUUAAGCAUACUGCCGCCAUCUUAGUUGACAUUCACAACGAGAUAGAAUAAUCGAGGGAAGCGUGUGGUUUGAAUGAUAGAUAGAGAGACAAAGAAAAGGAGAUUCAGAUAAUCUUAUGGCUUUACCGACCACUCCACGUUACUGGAUGAACAGGAAGGAAGCCUAUGAACACUCCAUUGCAAGGCAUCGGAAUCAGGAAAGUGACUUUCGCCAUCAAUGGGAAGAACAUGCAGAUUAUUUUAAGAAGAACAAUGUUGUGGCAGCCAAGCAGCAAGCAUGGGAGUCAACUCCAGCAUAUAAAGAUAGAUGCACCGAUGCCUUCAAGAAAUCUUCAGAGAGAGAGAUGAAAGCUCUAAACUUAAAACAGCGACAGGAAAAACUACGGGCCAUGCUGCUUGAAGAAAAUCGCCAAUGGGAAGCUGAGCUGAAGCAAGUGUCAAGACAGAACUGUGACAAAAUAGAAAACAUGAAAGACAGGGCAGAAGAACUUAGAAGUGCCCGUGAGGAGAAAAGAAAAAAGAUUGCAGAAGACAAAUUGUAUGAUCACUGGCAGCAAAAUAACCCAGACAUCAGAAAGGUUAGGUCAGAACUCCUCAAAGAUUAUGUAGUUGGACAAUGGCCCACACAGAUUGAGGAGAUGAAACAGAAAGAAGAAGAGGCAAGGCGUGAAAAGGAGGCUAUUGAACGACAAAUGGAAGAGGAACGGCUAGCUGCCUUGGAAAAAGAACGGCAGGAAGAGGCCAAACGAUUGAAGGAGGAGAGACAACUGAGGGAACAUCUGAAGCGGCAAAUACAAGAGCUGAGGCAGAGAGAGGCAGAGGCAGAGCAGCUAAAGCGCCAGCAGGAUGCCUUGCUACUUCAGCAGUGGGAGGUGGAACAACUGGAGGCGGAGCGCAAAGAAAAAGAACAACAGCGGAAACGUUCAGACCUUGGGCGGAUUUUGCUACGCCAGCACAAGGCACAAAUGAUGAGCAAGUCACGAAGAAUCCAAGAAGAACUAGAAGAAGACAGGCUGCUGUUAGAGAUGCUAAUCAAGAAGGAAGAGAAAGAGGAUGUGCUGCAGACUGCUCGCAGGGAGAAGGCUAGAGCAGAUGCUCAGUGGAUGAAACAGGUGAUUGAGGACCAGAUACGACUAGAGAAAGCCAGAGAGGCUGAACUCGAUGUUCUCUUCCAGGAUGAAGCUGCUCGCAUGUGGCAGAAACGAGAUGCUGAAUGGGAAAGAGAGCGGCUAGCGAGAGAACGACUCAUGAAAGAGGUGCUUGAAAGCCGCCAGGAGCAGAUUGCCGUCAAGCUGGAAGAAAUAAAACAGCAGCACCAGGAGUCCAUUGAACGUCGGGAGGAGCUGCUGCAGGAAAUUGAAAUUGCUAAUCAACUGACUCAGCGUGAGCAAAAGGAGGCAGAGGCCACACAGAAGGCUUUCAAGCAUAGUCUGGAGGAGCAGAUAACUGAACGGCGCGAGCAAGAAAAACUUGCUCGUCUCAAGCUGCAGGAGGAAGAAGAGGAGGAGGAGAAGGCAGACAUGGAGUACCAAGAUUUUGUGCAGCAGGAAACAGAACGACUGAGACAGCGUGGCUACAAGCCAGAGCUUCAAGGCAGGAAACAAGCAUGGACGUGAAGCUCAUUCGACAUAUGACAAGAGUGUUACUUCUGCCUUUGUCAGAACAGCAAUACCAACAUCUACAUAAAUCGCCAUUGCCCAGUUAGCAGUUUAAUAUUUGACCAGGACUACCAUGUCAUUCGCAUGGAAUCUUAGGCUAAAAAGCUUGCUCUUUUUAGUCUUCAUCUUUCUUCUCAUUCUUACCAUCUGAGUCUCUUCAUAGUCAUAAUUACUAGUAGUAAUAAUUAAAUUAGUUAUAAUGUGUACAAAACUGAUUCUAUCUGCUUAGGUAAAUAACAGCAGAACCAAGAAUUUUUUGCUUGUCUGCAACACAUAAUUGAAUGUUAUUUCUAUCUGGUUACCUUAAGAUGCAUGCACAAAACUAAAAGGUUCACUUUUCUCUGCACACGCUAUUAAAGUUAACACUUUGUCGACAUUUCUUUUAUGUAUAACAAGGACUACCUGUCCAAUAGGCUUGAAGCUAUUUGAUCACUCAUAUUUUGCAGAUGUUUAAACCUGCACUUCUGACUAUAUUUCUUAAAAUAAGCAAGUGUUAGUUAGGAUGGAGGUCACAGGUUAAAAUGUCUUUUGGCUGUCCACCAGAUAAAAAGUUAGUUUUUUUUAGUGGAAACAUGUUUGUGUGUAACAUAUUGCUGAAAAUAUCUAUAUUUUCUGUUAUUUUGUUUAACUUAUUCCUACUGUUAUGGGCUUCAGAUGCAUAUUCAUGUUAUCAGUGAUGUCCAAAAAUGAGACUGAAAAAUGUAAGUAGUAAAAGUACAAGUCAUUGUAUUAUAAAAGUUUUAACACUUUUCAGUGUUUAUGUGCUCAUUUGAAAGAAUUUUUCACAAGACUUGUGAAAUCUCAUUAAAAGGUGGAGGGGAAAAAAAAAAGCUUCAUUGGAGGGAGAAGGGAGGGGGUGAGGUGUUAGAGACCACUUUUCUUUUUGAUCAGCUUGUUUUGCAAUUUGUUUAUGGAAUCAGGUGCCCAUUCCCACUCACAACAGCUGGGUUGAAUGGGAAGGUUUUCUGCGCUACACUGGCAUCCAACUGGUGAGCCUAAGUGUUUGGAUGUAGUGCUCUGACCCCUUGGCUCUCUCCUUCCUCUAAAUCAUUAACACAAAAACACAAACAUACAGUUGUUUACAAUCUGGUUCGUUUCAUUUAUUGUUAAAAGUGUAAGUGGGCAAAUUGCCAUUACACUGGCAUUCUUUCACAUGCAUGAGGUCCCCUGAAAAUGACUUGGACAUUAGUGUACAAAUGAAAAUGAUGAAAAGAGAACAAUUG